UUUUUGUUUUGACAGUUCAUGAUUUCGCACUUUGCACUUUUUGAAACGUAUUCUUUUCAGUUGAUUUGUUUUGUGAUAUUUUGUUGUGAUUUGAAAGAAUUUUGCUUCCAGCGACACGAAAUUUUUAUUUAUCAAAAGACUAAAAGCAAAAUUCAAUCGUCAACAUGAUGCUCAAUAUGGGACCAAACACUCAUUCCGUUCCUGUGUCGAUGUUCAAGGAUAAUCGAGAACGUGUUGCGGCCGAAUUAAAGAAACAAAAUGACGUCACCGACAAUGCGUAUGUUCUUCUUCAAGGCGGCGAUAGUAUCAAUCUAUACAAUACUGAUGUGGAAUAUGUGUUCAGACAGGAACCAUUCUUCACAUACUUCUUUGGUGUUCGUGAACCCGGUUGCUACGGUGUGGUGAAUGUUAAAAACGGUCAUGCAACUCUAUUCGUACCGAGACUGGAAGACGAUUAUGCCACUUGGAUGGGUCGACUGUGGACCACCAAUGAUUUUAAAAACCGUUACGCCGUUGAUGAUGUCAAAUUUGUUGACGAGCUCUCAACUUUCUUUGAUGCAGCAAAACCAACGUUGAUCUUGACUCUGUGUGGUCGUAAUUCCGAUUCAGGUCUAACCAUUCAACCGGCAACAUUUGAAGGCAUUGAAAAGUACACCGUUAACCAGGAUUUACUUUACAAUGUCGCUUCGGAAUGUCGAGUUAUAAAGUCACCAGCCGAGAUCGAAGUACUGCGAUACGUUGCAAAGGUGUCUUCAGAUGCACACAAAAAAGUGAUGAAGGCAGUUAAGCCUGGACUCUAUGAAUAUCAGGCUGAGGCCGAGUUCUUGCAACACUCGUAUUUCGCGGGAGGUUGCCGUCAUGCGUCGUACACUUGCAUCUGUGGAAGUGGCGAAAAUAGCGCAAUUCUACAUUACGGACAUGCUGGAGCACCGAACGAGAAAAUUAUCCGAGACGGUGAAAUGUUGCUGUUCGAUAUGGGUGCCAAUUACUUUGGAUAUGCUGCCGAUAUAACAUGCAGCUUUCCGUCGAACGGAAAGUUUACCGAUGAUCAAAAAAUCAUUUACAAUGCCGUACUGGCCGCCAAUAUGGCAGUCCAAAAUGCCGCACGUGACGGUGUCUCAUGGGUUGACAUGCAUAAACUGGCAAAUAAAGUAAUGCUAACCGAAUUAAGAACGGCUGGUUUAUUGGUUGGUGACAUCGACGACAUGAUGGCGGCUGGAAUCAAUGGAAUCUUCCAACCACACGGUCUUGGCCAUUUGCUCGGCCUUGACGUUCACGACGUUGGGGCAUUUUUGCCGCACUGUCCGCCUCGUUCAACCGAACUCGGUCUGAAAUCGUUGCGUAUGUCUCGCACGUUAAAGGCUGGAAUGUACGUGACCAUUGAGCCGGGCUGUUACUUUAUCGAUCAUCUGUUGAACAAAGCGUUGGCCGAUCCGGUGCAGAAGAAAUUUUUGGUUCCAGAAGUGAUUGCACGCUUUCGAGAUUUCGGCGGUGUUCGUAUUGAGGAUGAUGUUUUGAUAACGGAAAGUGGAGUGGAAAAUUUUGCCAUCGUUCCAAGAACCGUCGACGAAAUUGAAGAGUUUAUGAGAAGCUAAAGGGAAAUGGCGGUCAACUCCGGUCAGCAUUUUACAGUAAAAAUCUUUUGGAAAAAUAAAAUAAAAUUUGUUGGAAGGAAACUUUCGUUUUUUGUUGGAAC